GAACCUGGAGGCGGGGUUAAAGGAAACACUCGUGCGCAUGCUCGGUGGACCUAUGCAUGCAGAAGAGAUCUGGGAACAUCGUCCGUAACUUCUGAUUUGUAUACUCUGAAGUCGAACUUUUUUUUGCUUCACAAUGAGAAACGUUCAUAGGGACGAACGGGGUCCCGCCUCCAACCUCUAACCACAGAGCACUUGGGCGGCUGUCGUUUGUGGUGACAUCGUUCCCAUAGUAACCAAGUCACACUCGUGAGGCGGUGUUUCCAAGCUAGUGCUGCACUUUCCGACCGUAUUUCAUAUUUAUUUUGGCGUUUGACAGAGUUUUGUAUGUGAAGAAGACACCGAGUCGCGUCCAUAGCCCACGAGUAUGUUUAUUCAAAUUCCAGAUUCUCAUUUUCAGACUCCGGUCGCAAAAACGCCCACGCAGAGAGACAACUGAGCAAUGGACACUAGACAUCUAGGCAUCACCUCGACGGUGUCCUCCCCGGAAGAGAAGGAGGAGGAGGUUCCUGACCUGCAGCUACGCUUUGUCUUUGGGAACAGCGUUGUCAAACCACAGUACCACCACCGCCUUCUGCUGGAGGAUGCUGAGCAACAGGAGCUCCCUAAGUGUUACUCAAAAGAAACGUUAUAUCUGAGCAGAACUCAGCUGAAGCAUGUUCCAGAAAGUAUUUUGAAAACCAGCCCGCUAAAGUAUUUAUAUCUUGAAGGCAACCAGAUAUCCAGUAUCCCAGAGUCAAUGUUCAUAACCUUGCCAAACCUUCUGUGGCUGGACCUCAGGAAUAACCAAAUUACAUCCCUCCCUGACAAAAUUGGCUUGCACAGGUCUCUAAAAACGCUGGUUCUGGAAGGAAACCCCAUCUCAGAACUUCCACCAGAGUUGGGGAAUGUGAUCACCCUUAAAGGCCUGAACCUGAGGAACUGCCCCAUCCGUUUCCCUCCGCAACACAUUAAAAGCCAGGGGCUCCGUAGUAUCCUCAAGUACUUGAGGAGCGCCAUGGCUAUGCGGACGGUUAGCGCUAGGAAGAGCCCUUCAGAACUGCCACUGGUGGAGAAGCUCCAGCUGUCAGAGCUGAUGGGGUCCAGCGUGGAGCAGUCGGUGGACAAGGACGAGCUGCGGAGGUUCAGGGACCUCAGACACAAGUUGAUUCUACUGGACAAGGUGGAGUUGGGCCCGUUGCCGCGGGCAGAUAAAGACUCAAAGUCACGCCUUCUUCCCGCCAUAAAACGAAAAAAUGCAACCACCAAGCCCAGCAUGAUUCCCCAGCUCCCCCUGUUUGACACUCGGCACUGGAAGAGGCUAGAAGUAAGGAGACCAGCUGCAAUGAAUGAUCUGACAGAGAAACAGGCUAUUCUGGGGGAGAGAAGAAAGAGCCAAGAGGCUCUUCGGAAGUGGCGUACACAAGCCAAGAUCACCCAUGAAAAGAAAACGCACGGGCGGAAGAAGCAUGCAGAACAAAGAAACCAAGAGGAAGCAGAAACGGAUACAACACCUGGUGUGGGUCAGGCCUUGUCCAUCCCAGAGUGUGAGGAGAACAGAUCAGCCCGCGAGCUGGAGCGGCGGAUCCGCGAACGUGUAGACGAGAUGCAGGAGAGACGCAGGAAUCCCAGAGGCACCACCACCGAGCAGAUGGCAGCGGCAGAGAUAGACAUGGAGGAGAUGAGGCAGUUGCAGGCUCGGCUCCUGGAGAGGAAGAGGAAUCGGGGAGGAGAUGGUGAAAAUCGCUUCACUAUCUUUACUGGAGACACCUGGCCGAGUUUCAUUGACAAGUAGCGGGGAUUUGAGUUUUGUGGUAUUGAAUUCAACAUGAAGACAAAUAACUUUAUGAAUGACCAUUGCAAUGCUCAUAUCAUUAAAAAAUAUAUAAAGAUCUCAUGAUGUUACUGGACAAGUGACUGUUUUGAAAUGUUCUUAUGCAAGCCACCCUCUCCAUUAUACAAACGUGUCAUGUGUCCAAUUUACCUUAGCUCAUUAUUAUCCGGUGCCUUAAAAUAUGUACACAGUAGGUAUGGUACCAUCACCUCUCUAUGGUGUGAAAUGAAACUGUUUACUUGAUAAAUGACUCACAAGACUUAUUUGCAUACACAAGACUCAUAUUCUCUGCGUCAAUUAUCUGAAAUGCCACCCCACAAUGCUAAU